AUGUCGGAUUAUAACGAGUUAAAAGGUCAAGUAGAAUCAAUGUCCAUAUUUAUUGCGACUCAGCAAAAAGAGCUGGAUUCUUUGAAAGAAGCAGUAGGGAAGAAUGAUAUUCCUCAAGGACAGACUCCAAAGGAUAAGGGUUGGUCACUUGGUCUCUCAGACGAGGAGGACAAUUCUCAGGAGAAGGAAUCUGAGAAUUUUGCAAAUAUGUUUCAAGAUAAACCACAUGAUGGUCAGGACGAUAACGAGCUGGUAGAGAUUAUGAAAGAUAUUGAGGGCAGCAUUGAAUAUGGUCCCGAUCUGCUUCCACAAAUCUCUGAGGGGUUUUCAAAAACAGUUAGUCGUCCUUUGACAAAGGAAACUGCCUCAAAACUCAAAGAUCAGAUAAAACUCCCGUCCAACUGCAAGGGUUUUGCUGUUCCGAAAAUGAAUUCUGAAAUCUGGGCCCAUUUACCUACGGGGGCAAGGCUGGCAGAUAUCCAAACUCAACAAGUUCAACAAUCAAUUAGCUUUGGUCUAAUUACAAUGGCCGAAAUUGCAAAUGAGGUUGCCACUCACUCAAAUGAGAUCCCUCAAGAGGUGAAGAAAAGGAUUUUGAAAUUAGCUAUUGAUGGAGGAAAUAUUUUGGGCGAUCAGCUGCAGGCGAGCAAUAUGAAACGCCGUCAGGAAGUGAAAAAAUUAAUUAAUCCAGAGUACAGUGCAAUUUGCAACAAACAGUUGCCAGUAUCGGAAUAUCUUUUUGGUGACAAUUUGAGCGAAACUUUAAAGACGUCAAAAGCAGCUUCAACUGUUAUUCGAUCGUCAAUGACAAGGACUACUCGGUUCCGUCCAUACAAUUUCUCAAGAAAUACCGGAAAUUUAAACUUCCAACGCCCGUUCCCACGAUUCCAGACCCAUCGAGGGACGCAAGGGCAGUUUCGAGGUCAAACUCGGGGACGAUUCAACCAGCGAGGAUUCAACCGAGGAAAUUAUCCACAACGACAAUUUCGACAACCAUAA